CCUACCUAAAUGGCACACCACACUGCUACGGUGAUCUUCACAGUACUGGAGGUCUUGAUCGCUGUGGCAUGUUGUCUUGGGAACCUGCUGGUGAUCUGGGCAGUGUGGAAAUGUGGGGCCAUGCGCCGGCAGGCCACCUUCUGCUUCAUUAUCUCUCUGGCCGUAGCCGACGUCCUGGUGGGUGCCGUGGCGGUGCCACUGCGGGUUGUAGCAGAUAGCCGUGUCCAGAUGACUUUCUACAGCUGUCUCGCAUUGACCUGUACGAUGCUGGUUGUGACUCGGGUGUCUGUGUUCUUCCAGCUGGCACUGACUGUUGAUCGUUUCCUGCGUGUCAUCAUCCCCCUCAGGUACAAGACCACAGUGACCAUUCAGCGAUCCUGGUGGGUGGUGGCUGCAUGCUGGCUCGCAGCUGCUACAGUUGGAUUCACUCCCUUCAUGGGCUGGAACAACCGCAAUGGUACUUCUCAGAAUACGACCCAAUGCCAGUUCCUGAGCGUCAUGUCUUGGUCCUACUUGGUUACUUACUUUUAUAUCUGCUUCGUCGUUCCCAUGUUGGUCAUGACUGUACUCUAUGGAUGUAUUUUCACCAUCAUCCACCGCCAGCUGAGAAACACCAGCAAUGGAGUGUCCAACUCCUACUACUACAAGGAGCGUAACCUGACCCGGUCCCUUGUUUUCGUCCUCGUGGUGUUUGCCGUCUGUUGGCUCCCAAUCCAUUUAAUGGACAUGGCUGCUUAUUAUAGAUUGGCAGUUCCCAUUGAGGCAUUCUAUGUGGGAAUCCUGCUCUCUCAGGCAAACUCAGCCAUUAACCCUGUGAUAUAUGCCUUCAAGAUCCAGCAUAUACGGGCUCCCCUGAAGAAAAUAUGGAGGAGGAUCUUUCUGUGCAAACAGGAGGUGGAGGCAUCAAUGAGCAGCCAGACACCAGGACUUGAUAAGUGCAGCAACUCCAAGGAUACUACAUGUGAUAAGGAGGGGAAUACUGUUGAAUCAACAGAGCAAGGGUAAUCAUCAAUUCAACACUCUGGUCUGGGACUUUGGAGACUAGGGACAUUUUUUUGUAUUAUUUUUGAAGAUCUGAACAACUGUGAACAGUAGUUUCAAAUUCAAAUGCAUUUUAGAAAUAUACAUUCACACUUGCUGCGUUUACAUGAGAGCUUUAAUUCCGAAUAAAACCAAGUUAAUUCAGAAUAAAAGUUAAUUCCGCUUUAAAAGAGACCAUGUA